UCCUGCGUAUGCAUGUAUGCGGCCGACGGGCUGAUUUCAUAACGUGGGGAGGAAGACAGGAAUGGAGCGUUGAGAACGGAUGAGCCCCAGACCCGUUAGGCUCUAUGCACCAACAGUGUUAUCUCUAUUCCCGGGCCAUGCAGACAGUGCACUAGAGAUGCGGUAGUGGAGGCUGCUGAUGCUGCUGUUCGAUCAGCUGUUUUUUGUGUCUUGAGCAUCAUCACCGUGACGGCCAGAAAGAUCGAGAUAAAGCUCCGGAGCCAGGGACACCGCAGACCGGGUAACAGAGGAUGGAGUUUAAGCAUCUGGUGGAGGCGGCGGAGAAGUGGUGCUCCGGUAACCCUUUCGACCUCAUCUUCGCCGAGGAGGACGACGAGAGGCGGCUGGACUUUUACGCAGAGCCCGGCGUCUCCUUCUACGUGCUGUGUCCCAGUGGCACCGACAAUUUCCAUGUGUGGAGCGAGAGUGAGGACUGCCUUCCCUUCCUACAGCUGGCCCAGGACUACAUCUCCUCCUGCGGGAAGAAGACUCUGUUGGAGGUCCUGGAGAAAGUCUUCACAUCCUUCAGGCCUCUGCUGGGUCUUCCAGACAUAGAGGACGACAGUUUUGAGCAUUACCACGCUGACAUGGAGGGAGAACCAGGGCCCGACCACCAGCAGAUGGGGGUCAGCCAGCAGUGAUGAGCCUGCAGUUGGGGCAGAGCUGCUCUGAAGCUCUCGGCCUCAACUCAUCCGCCCAAACACAACACACUCUUAUCCAAACACACACACACACACACGCACACAUACUUACAGUCAACUUGCUAAAAAUGCACCACCAUGUUCUUGAAUGUCUCAGUGGCUUUGCUUCCCAAAGAGUGCACUCUGUUGCACUGUUGAACCCCAACCAACUAAACACACACGCACGCAUAAACACACACACACACACACACACACAUUGGGGCUACGUGAGCCGUAGCCAUGUACAAUGCAAGUAUCAUAAUCAUUCACCAUCUGGUUAGUUAAAGUUCCACAGCACAGCAAUAUUACAUCGGCCUCAGCUGGCUUUGUUAUGCAGAAAUACAGUCAGAUGUUACCGCAAUACACACAUUUCCCCCGUUGGUUUGGAGAUGAAUGUGACAGAUAACCUAAUUUCUCUGCCUGUCUGUUGACACAGAGGAUACACGAGAGCUAGAUGAAAGAUGAAUGGGUGAAAACUGACGGUUUGUGGUUGUGUGAGGCAACUGGAGUGACGCAGAUAAAGAGCAGGAGGGAGGGAGGGAGGAGGGAAAAGCAGUAUAAUUUUCCACUUCAUGGAGGGAAGGGAGGAUGAAUAUUUGUGAUGUAGAUUCAGGUGGGAUAGCUCUCAACCUAUCCUGUUUUAAACACACAGUUAAAGUAGUCUAAUAGGUUUCAGUCAAAAAGCAUUUUACACGUUGGCUCCUCAUGUGGAAAUCAAAGUGUGCAGCUUCACAGUAGCAUGGAUCAUCUCUUGAGGUGUGUCUCUUAAUGUUUCCAAGGCAGUACACCUCAAAGGAGUUUAAAGUCACUUUAUGAGGACGUUUUUAAUCAAUGUUACUAUCAUAUGACCAACACAACAAAGGCCCACGCUGCAGCUUAAGCCCUUCUUGGUUUGGGUGUCUCAUUGUCACAUGACACCCUAGUUUUGCCCUGUAGUCUUCCUUCCUGGUUGUUGGUGGUUCACAAUUUGCCCUCCUUUCUCAGCACAACCUGAUGAGAUACCUUCCUAAAGCUAGCCAAAACCUGUUUUGCGUGUGUUGUUUUGAGUUUAUCAGCUUCUUUCAACGUUUCUCUUAAACAUAAAUUUAAAAAGUGCACACCCAAAUCCCUGAGUGAUAUCACAGGGAAGAGAAAAUAUUUGUUGACAGCCGCCGGCCCUCUGCCUUCCCUGUUCUCUCUAAUCUCACAAGUGUGUUGUUGUAUGUCACAUCCAGCGCACUGCAACGCUUCAGGCCCCCGCCGCCUUCAACCACUCGAUCCACGUGCAAGACUGUUUCAGAGGUUCACCUUUAGCUUGUUUACUUUGGCUUGUAAAUGUUUGUCUUUUUAUUGCCUCUUUGAAUGUGUAUCUUCUGUUUGUCCUCCGAUGUGUGUGAAAUUGUUCAAUAAACCGUGUGAACAGCGUG